AUGUCUCAGAUUGACGCAAUUCCAAUGCCUGUGCUCGCGUCCAAUAACCAGGUCACGGCCGCCGAUGCCAAAGCUGCCGCAGCCGUGUUUGGGUCGCGAGACAUCAUCGCCAGCAUCCUGGUCCGCCUCCCGGUGAGCGUCCUCCGCCGCUUCCGCAUCGUCUGCAAACAAUGGCGAGACAUAAUCUCCGAUCCAACCUUCAUCAAGGCGCACAUGGUACACCGAUCACACGCCCCGACCCACACGGUCGUGUUCGUACCCUCUUCCAAGGGUUGCGCCGGCAGCGGGUUCCUCUUCGACGAGCUCUGGCGGCUCACGGCAAGGUUCGCCGUCGGCGCAUCCGAGGCCAUGAUAGGGACGUGCAAUGGCCUUCUCUGCUUCCACGACAGACUCCAGAAGAUCAUCAGGGUCGUGGAACCAUUCACCGGCGAGGCGACCAACCUGCCGCUGCCCACAGAUUCGUCAUGGAGCAACGUGGCUAGUUCGUAUUGCUUCGGAUUCGACGCCACGGCAGGGCAAUACAAGAUCAUUCAUAAACACAUUGCCCAUGAUCAUGCCAAUAUCGGCAGCUAUACUAUGUCUGUAAAGCUGUUCACAAUCGGACAGGACAAGGACUGGAGGACCGUGAACACUGCCUACCUCUCCUUCAGCUCUACCUCCUUCAUCGACCUGGCGUGCAACAGCAGAGCCGUGUACUGGAGUUACAUGGAACAUCACCACAAGAUUCCUAUUUACUUACGCCUUGAUCUAGCGACGGAGGAGAUCACAUCGGUUGAGUGCCCUGUUGUCAACAAACGACCGAUAUUUUGCCAUCAUCCGGCGUGGAAAAACGGUCAUCCGUGCAUCAUCGGAAUAAGGUGGUUGACCGAUGAGUCAGAGAACGGCUGCUGGCCCGGUGAUAUGGAUGCCAUGGCACACAAUGUCGAUGCUGUUAUGACCCUGCCCCACGGGAUGCGCAUCCCAAGGCAGCAUGCGCUACAACGGGGGCACCUUCUGCUACUGGACAAGAACGGGGCUCUGUACGCUCACAAGAUCGUGAGAAGGAGUAUUCAGGGUCUCGACAUCGGGUCCGAACAACUGCUGAUCGGGAUUGGCGUGGAGGAGGAGCCGGCCAAGAGCUCAUCCAGUGGCCAGUUCGUUGCGGUUCAAGGUAGCCAAUCGUCAGGAGCAACGCAGGUGGCCACUUAUUCGGGUACAAUGGAUAUUAGCACGUUUGCCUACGUCCCGACAGUAUGUUCAGCUCCCCUGGCGCUCUAUUUUAGCAGAACUAUGCAGUAG